AUGGACCGCACGGAAGAAGAGUUCGACAAUCUCUUUGACUGGGGAGGUGCCACCAACGGCAUUGACACCUCCAUGCCAGACGUGAAGGUCACGCAGGCACCCAUUCUCCCCAUCUCACCACUGUCGGCCACCCAUCACGACUUCAGCUUUGCUACAGCUCAGCCUCAAUCGCUCACCGCCCCCUCAGUGUACGACCUACCGACUCCAAGACACAGCUCCAGUUCUCCAGAUACUCGACCUAGCACAGAUGUUAGGCUGUCCGGUGAAACCUUACGUGACGACACAUCGCCCAUCAACGCGCGGCCUCUGAAACGCAAGCUAUCCCCAAACGAUACGAACGGUAUCGUACCACUGCGGGAACUGCCUCCUCCGGCCGCCAAGAAGAGACCGCAUAACAUAAUUGAGAAGCGCUAUCGGGCAAAUCUCAACGAGAAGAUUGCGGAACUCAGGGAUAGCGUCCCCAGCCUGCGCACGACCCAAAAGGCGAGGGUUACAGAUGGCCUGGGGGCGGAAAGCGAGGAUGAGGAUCUUAAUGGGCUAACCCCAAGCAACAAACUCAACAAAGCCUCGAUCCUGACUAAAGCUGUCGAGUACAUUCGACACCUCGAGUUCCGCACGAAGCGCCUGGAAGACGAAAAUCGGUCGCUCAAGGAACGCCUGGAGACCCUAGACAAAGUCAUAGCCCAAGGCGGCCACGAUUCCCACCGCGCUACUGCUUUCACAAGCGAAUCCCUUAUUGAAGGUGGGUCUGCGACCACGGGGCCGAGCAAUGACACCACCUCGGAUGACCAGGAAUCCAAACCCGCCCAGCCCGUCCAGGGACUCAUUCCAAUCCCCGACUCCUGGCGACGACUGCGUCAGAGUCAGACGCAAGAACACUACGGUCACAUUUACAGUUCGAGUUCGCAAAACUCCGUUCUGAAAGGCAAAUGGCCCAGGCGUGUUAUGCUCGGCUCCCUAGCCGGACUCAUGGUCAUGGAGGGUUUCUCAGAACACGAGCAUGACUCUGACUCCGGUCAAAAAGGGCUGUUCGGCAUCCCUCUCGAGCUGCUCGACGGCUGGGAGUUUCUAAGAUCCCCUCGAAUCUACCUUUCUGCAUUCGCGCAAUUCUGCCGGGCUGGAGGUGUCCUGCCUUUGGCCAAAGGUUUCCUGGCAUUGACGAUCGCUGCAUUCCUCAUCUUCACCUACCUUUUCAAUUCGAAGCCACCUCGAAAGGAGAACUUUGAAGAGGAACGUUUACCCUCCGACCAGGCACCAGUCCCUGCGUCUCCUAUCGAAGUAAGACGCAGAGCAUGGAGUACAAGCAUGCAAGUGCUGAAGCUUCCUCACCACAACUUCUUUCCUGAAUGGAUGGCAGUGACGGCGGAAUGGAUCAACUACGUGGUCAGAUGCACUUUUGGGUACCAAGCGUACUUCUGGCUCACUGGCCGGGCAAUAGAAGAUGAUGCAGCUCGUAUCAAAGCAUGGGAUAUCGCUAUCGAUGCACAGCUUGCUGGUGGCGAUGUCGAAGUCAGUCGAUCUCGAGUGGUCCUGACGAGCUUUGGAUCCGGCACGCUACCGAAGACACCGAUACGUCUGAUGCAAAAGUCCUUGCACUGUCGAGUCUUGCUCUGGAACGUCGGGCAACGGGACAGUGCCCCGUACCGUUUUGCCAACGGCGUUGCCAAGUUCUUUGCAGCUCGCGAAUGGCAGCAUGCCAGGCGGCUCCAAAUGGAAACUAAAGCUCACGAUUCUGAACGCCUUCCGAAUAAUCUUGCUGCACUGCUCGCCAUGGAAUGCGAAGAUGUUUUCACCGACACGGUUAUUCAGAGGGCGUACAAUCUAAUGUAUGAUCGUCCGACGCACGAUCAAGCGGAAGACACUCUCAUGGAUGUUGUUGUCGAUGACCAUGCCAUUAGAUCGCCUCUAGAUGCCAUUGCCGCGUGGAGAUCCACUGCAGCACUGCGACGAGUCUUUGAGACAUCUAUGCAAAACCCUGAAGAGACUGGCUUGCUCCAAGACCAGUUGUCUCUGGCGCUGAAGAUUGCUCCUCAGGACUCUGCAGCGCAGCUCCGAGCACUUGCAGCCCAUGCGUUGUUCGGCAAAUCGAACCGCAAUACAUUUCACUUGAGAGCGUCCGAUAUCUUGCGUCUGCAUAAGCCUGCCGAGGGUACUUCUCCAGGCCUUCACACCCCAGGACCAUUCUUCAUCGACUCAUCAACGCCAAUUUCGGCGCGGGCAGAUAUUGAGAAUUGCUUGCAUUGUGCCAAAACCCUGAUGGUUCUGGACCAAGAGAACAGUGUUGAGCAGGCGCAGCUGGUCUUCGCCUCUCGGACACUAGAGACAAAUAAGACGACUACCAUUCUGACAGCCGCUGCUCUUACAUACCUGAUCGCUAGGCUACCUGAGCUCGAUCAGCAUAUUAACCAGGUGGGCUCGUUCAUGCCGCGCGCAGACUGUCCGAUCGCUGACUGUCAGUCGAGCACAUGGUUUGUGGUGCGGCAGAAGAGAAGGCAAAGCAUGGCGAGUAAUGACACAGGAUACGAGAGCCUUGACGACAACACGUUGGAUCUUUGGGAUGACAGAGCCCUUUACGAAGUUUAG